AUGAUCUCCGCGCAGCAGCCACCGUUUCCCAACAAGAUUCAGAGAGCAAUGGACUGCCAAACCGAGGAAGAAGAAACCUGUGAAGCGCAGUACGAGUCUGAGAACUGCUCUUGCAGCUCCAAGUGUGCAUCAUCAACAGCAGAAUCCCACUCAGAUUCACCAGUAAUACUUAAAAUCCUACAGAACUGGGUUCCUAGAGUCUCGCACUACUUUGACAAAGAGCACUACAUGUACGCUGGCCACCAGAUUGUCAUUCAGGAGUCCAUAGAACACUUUGGGGCUGUGGUAUGGCCGGGGGCACUGGCUUUAUCUCAAUAUCUGGAAUCAAAUCAAGAACAAUUCAACCUCAAAGACAAAAAAGUUUUGGAAAUUGGUGCUGGAACAGGCUUGGUUUCCAUUGUGGCCUGUAUCUUAGGAGCUUAUGUUACAGCUACUGAUCUGCCUGAAGUUCUUGAAAAUCUUUCAUAUAAUAUUUCAAGAAAUACACAAAACAUGACCAUGCACAAACCUGAAGUGAGGAAACUGGUAUGGGGAGAAGGCCUCAGUGAAGACUUUCCUGUAUCAACUUACCAUUAUGAUUUCAUACUGGCAACUGAUGUUGUAUACCAUCAUGCAGCUCUGGACCCCCUGCUAGCAACAAUGGUGUAUUUUUGUAAGCCAGGAACAGUAUUACUAUGGGCAAAUAAAUUCAGAUUCAGUACAGACUAUGAAUUUUUGGAAAAACUUUGCAGUAUUUUUAACACAACCAUUCUAGCAGAAUUUCCAGAAUCAAAUGUCAAGCUGCUUAAAGCCACAGUAAGAGAGAAUUAA